UCUAUAAAUGAACUUUAAAAUGUAAAGUUAAUUAAAUCCUGAGUUGAACUUUUAAAAUAAUCUUUGAUCUUUAAUUCGAACGUCGAACUUUUUUAUUCUUAUAGAAACUAUAAUACCAAUUACGAUAAUUUUACUUAUCAUCCAUUUCAUAAUUAAAUUUACGAUAAAAUUGAAAUCGAUUGAUUAAAUCCAUCCCUUAACACACUUGACAAAAUCUCCACCUCUUUUUUUUUUUGUGAAAUGUUUACCUAACUGAAACUUAAUUUUUUACAAAUAAUAAUAUUAAGCCAAGUUUGUUUUUUAGUACUUCGGCGACAAUGUUGUGCUACAGGUUAACAAAAACUAAUUUCUGGCUAAAAUUAUAUUUUAAAAUAAUUUAUUUUUAUUCAAAACUAUUCGGUAUGGUAUUCUUUUCUGUAACUCCAAAUGGGACAAUUGAAUAUUCAAUGAAAUGGCAAAUUUCUUCAAUAGUGUACAGAGUAGUAACAUCCUUGGGAUUCGCAUACAGCUCCUUCAAUAACAUGCCAUUGUUAAUAACGGCAGUGCAUAAAUAUAGUUCGACGUUAUUAAUCUUUCAAAUAGUUUAUACAACGUUAUUCAGUUUAAAUUUGUUAAUUUUUCAACUUAAACACUCCAAGGAUACUUUCAAGCUUAUACAAAAAUACUUUCAAACUUGUAAGAAGCUUACAAAAUUGACAAAGAAUUCAAAGUUAUUUGGUCCAGAAUUCUACCUAGUGAGCUUCGGUAGGCUUUUUUUUAACGGAUGUUUGCUUGUUAUAGAAAUGCCGAGAUUUUUUAAGUUCAAAAAGCGGUUUAAUUUUUCAAUUAUUAUUCAAAUUUAUCUUGGAUAUGCUAUGGCGUUUAUUUGGUUUAUUAUAAUUGAUGCCUUGAACAUUGGAUACAUGAUGUGUAGUGGAAUGUAUAGAAAUAUUGGCAAUCACAUUGGAUAUUUAGUAAAGAGCAUUCGAAAUACUGAUUUCAAUUCGAUGACCACAUAUCGUCAGAUGCAAGUUCUUUGUGAUUUUUCAGAAGAACUUGAAAAGUGUUCUGCGAUUUAUUCCCAAAUUUCUAAAAUAACUCGAGAAUUUCAUGAAAUGUUUCAAAUUUUACUUUUAUUUGUUUUAUAUGGAAAUGUUUUUACAAUAAUUAGCGGUAUUCAUCACAAUUUUAUGUAUUAUUUAACUUUUGGACAUAUUACUUGGGGAUUCGCUAUGAUGGUUUUCGUAGAAAUUGUAGAAAUUACAUGUCUUUUACUCUUGACCGAUUUGACAGCAAAAAGAUCUCGAAUGGCUCUUAAUUUCGAAUGGGAAACUUUGUUUUCGAAUAUUGAAGUGCGAUGGGAUCGAAGUGUGGAACAAUUUCUCAGUAAACUUAAACUGGAGAAUUUGAAAUUGGAAGUUUAUGGAAUGUUUGAACUUAAUAAUGAACUUUGUUUGAGUAUAUUUUCAAUUGUUUUUGGAUAUUUGACAAUACUUAUACAAUUCAAUAUGAUGGGUUAUUUUAAGGAAUAAAAUACAAAAUGAAACAUAAAAUAAAAUACUUUCUCAAGUAGCACAAAAGUCUAAAAUACACCAAAAUAUUUGGUGUAUUUUUUGCACUUUCGUGAUAUGCAUUUUGAAUAUAAAAAAUACACCAUUUUCUCGUAUAUAAUAAACUCCGGUGGUUAAAAAAAUAAACCGAUUUUUGGUGUAUAAAUGGCGCUAGUGGUAUAUUAAAUGAUCUGGUUUUUGGUGAAAAUUAUCCCUUUGAAAUUGGAAAAUACACAAUAAAUCUAUAGAUAAAAUACACCAUUUUAAUUAUUCUGAUUUAAAAUUUGAACCAAAGUUUAUUUUUUACCUCAAACAGUUUGAUGAAUUCUAAUUCGCACCAUUUCUUAUGGAAUAAAUGAAAAUGAAUUUUUAUUCACUUUCAUAAUACUGCCAUAAGAAACUAAUGGUUAAAUAUGAAUUUGUUUUCCAAAUUUAAAAACGAAACACAUUCUGUCUACUAAUUUUAGAUACUACAACCUCUAAAAAUCGAACGCCUCCAAAAUAACAGUGGAUUAAUGAUUUUUUUUUCGACUUUAAAAAUCAGUUUUUCAAAAAUUAUUAUUUUUUUUGUUGUUUUUACAAUUUUUUAGAAGAGUUCAUUUAUAAUAUAAUAUACCAAUCGAAAAAACAAAGAAUGCGGGAUAAUUAGGUCGAUAAAUACCUAUACUAUUAUAGUAAAAUAAUUAAUCGCUGUCUUCUUUUUUUAAAUGGCGGCCAUUGAAAAAUAUGUCGUCUCCCACUAAUGCAUUCUGGUAAAUUUUAUGUCCACAGGGUGUACUUCCUACACCAAAGAGAGUGUACAAAAUAUACCGUUUUGGUUGAUUUCAGAAUCGAAUAAUCUUAUAUACCAUUAAUGGUAUAUUAUCAAAACAACUAAAUAUCGGUGUAUUUUUUGCACGGAAUCUUAAGAAAAUGUUGAAAUUUUUUACAGAAAAGACAGUGGUAUAAUUUUUAUACCAAUAAUUUUGAGAAAUACACCGUAUUUUUUCAAUUUCCUCAAUUUUACACCAAAAUUAAUGAAUUUACACCAAUUAAUAAACCAGGGGGCCUAUUACGUAAAACGAUUAUUGUUUAAAUCGGCUCGUUAUCGUUGAAAAGCGACUCCGUAAAACGAUUAUCGUAUAAAAACGAUGACACGCGACUGCGUAAAACGAUAAUCGUUUAAGGCUGAACGAUACUCGUUUUUCAAUACGACUGACAUUUUGCUGUCGUUUGGCUUUCGUUUUGGUUUUGUUGUGGAAAAUAUUUUGUGUAGGUAUACUAGUGAUAUUCGUCUUGAAAUAAUUAAAAUAAAAAACUAAUAAUUGGAAGAGAAGAUGUAAAUAAAUACAUUUUUUAUUCGUCGUUUAAAAAAUAUUUCGGCUCAACUUUCCUUUAGGGUCGCACGAAUUUUAUUACGCGAAUAAUUUUAUUUGAAAGAUUAAUGACUAAAAGCAAUAAAAAUAAAAAAUAAGUAAACGUGUAUUUAUAUUUUUAAUUAAUUUUUUAAAGUUCAUUUUUUCAUACAAAAUGCGUGGAAAUGACGACAGCGAAGAAAAAAAAAUUUUUUGAAGUUCUUUUUAUAUACUCAAACUUGUCCCCACUUCAAAUCCUAUAGUGAGCCCAAGCAGGGGGAUUGCAGGGGGGCAGCAUGCCCCCCCAUACGCAUCUCACUUUUAUACGCUUCAAACUUCAAAUUCUUCUUGGUCGUCAUUUGCAUACAUUUUGUAUGAAAAAUUGAAAUAUUUAUUUUUUAAUCAUACUUAGGGGUGUUUCCUAACCUUAAUAUUUUAAAGGUAUUCUAUUGAGACCCUAAGCUCACUGUAAAAAAUAAAAUCACAACUCUAGGCGUGCGACCUUAAUGGAAAGUCGCCCCAAUAUUUCGUGUCUGCCAGUGAUAUUCCUGUUCGGCAAAAAAAUGUGAAUACAUUAUAUUUGGAAAUGAAGAAUGAAAAUAAUCAAAUAUUUUAUACAUUAAAUAGGCCGCCAAUAAAUGGAUUUUCUUAUCAAAUGUAUGGAAAACAAUCCCGACCUUACCAAAAACCCAAGCCCA